AUGGAGCAGUGGGAAAAUAACUACUACAUCAGUGCCAUAGCUGGUUCAACGAACGGGAGUUCCUUGGUGGUCAUGUCAAAAGGAACUCCUUACACUCAGCAGUCUUACAAAGUUAGCGAAUCAUUCCCCUACAAGUGGAUCAACAAGAAAUGGAAAGAAGGUUUUCAUGUUACAUCAAUGACAACUGCAGGAAGCCGCUGGGGUGUAGUUAUGUCAAGGAACUCUGGAUACACUGAACAGGUAGUGAAUACUAUCCUCAACAGUUAG